AUGUCAAUAAUCCCAACCAUCACGUUCAAGGCGGGCCUCUGUGAGGUGGAUUCGUCAAGCCGACCGCACAAGGUAAAAGCUCAACCCGAGCCGGGCUACAUCUUUCUGUACGCCGAAGAUGGAUCGUCUCGAGACCCAAGCCUCACGCUCCACGCCCCAUUACUGCCCGAAAGCCGUCUCGUUUGCCCUAACAUCCGCUCCCCAGACCUCAUGCACUUUUGUUGGCGGCCACGGGACGUCCUGAUGGACGACGCACCGCUCAACCUCGUCAUGGUUCCCGGCGACGGCCGCUUUAUUCCCUAUGAAGGCACGGGCGACCAUGCUUCGUCCAAGACCAACGGCCGCAUCUUUGUCCUCAAGUUCGAAUCGUCCUCCCAGCGCCACCUCUUCUGGCUGCAGUCCAAACCCCAGAGCCCCGACGGCAACCCGGCCUGGCUCAGCCCACGCGACCGCAAGAUUGGCAACCUGGUCGACGAGCUCCUGCAGGGCGGCGAGCCGGACAUUGACGCAGAGUUGGCCGAGGUGCGCGAUAACAACAACGACGGCCGGCGAGGCGGCGGUCACAGCGGCAACGACGGCGACGGCGACGAGACCAUGGAGGACGCCGAGGACCAACACGGCAGAGGCCCCGGCGGUGCUGGAUCCGGCGCGACGGGCGGCGACGUCCGCGAAGAAGGGGAAGAUUCCCGCGAAGGCGGCGCCGACGGGGCAAGAGCAGCAUUGUGUGAACGACGACGUGGAGAGACGAGACAGACGAGAGAGACGAGAGAGACGAGAGAGACGCGCGACGGCCGACGGUAUGGGCCAAGGCACAGCCCGGCGCACCAAGAACGACACGACGAGGAAGCAGAUGUGCAAGGACGGUCAUCGAAUCUCAAAGAGACGCUGAAGAACCUGGCGGACGCGACCUACGCACCUAUUUCUCCUCCCUCCUCAACACCCACAACUAUGGCCGCUACACACCCUGACGAUCUGCUCAGCAGAGCAAGGGCACGCGCUCUCUCGAGGCACUAG